GCCACAUGUGUAAACGCAUUCUGAGUAGCUCUGACCCUCCACGGACACUGUAGCAGCGAUCACAUGACCACCGAGGCGCACGCUGAUGACAUCAUCAACACAACAACAGCUACAAGGUAGUGGAGAAUUUGAUUUGGGGGAGUGCAGAUUUUUAUCAUAUUUAUGAAACCCCCUGUUCUAAUAACUAAUUUUCAUUCACAGGCAGAAUUAACACCAAUUCCCUACCAGGGACCCUGCAGUGAGUGAGACCAGGGGCCAGCUUCCAGCAUGGUGAGUGUACACUCAAAUGUCUUUUUUUUUUUUUUUAAUCUCUGACUCCUAUGAUUCUUAUCCAGCCUCUAUUCAGCACAUAAGAGAUGAAGUUCCACAGCAGCUGAUUGUUGGCUACUUGUGAUAUCUUUGUAUAUGUUUAAAUGUAUUCAGCUACUGAUAGCUCACAAUCUGACCCCAUGAAAACUCACUCCUGAACAAGAUACCUCCAAAGUGGCACUAUAUAAGAAGGACAGUCUAUAUGUUUGCCUAAAUUUCCCCGUCCCUCUUUUCUAGGAGCUCCAUAUUGUCGGUGUGUCUGAGUGUAUAACAGAGCUCCACAGCAAUAAUACUCCCAGUAAUGUGUCUGUGUGUAUAACAGAGCUCCACAGCAAUAAUACUCCCAGUAAUGUCUCUGUGUGUAUAACAGAGCUCCACAGCAAUAAUACUCCCAGUAAUGUGUCUGAGUGUAUAACAGAGCUCCACAGCAAUAAUACUCCCAGUAAUGUGUCUGUGUGUAUAACAGAGCUUCACAGCAAUAAUACUCCCAGUUAUGUCUCUGUGUGUAUAACAGAGCUCCACAGCAAUAAUACUCCCAGUAAUGUGUCUGUGUGUAUAACAGAGCUUCACAGCAAUAAUACUCUCAGUAAUGUGUCAGAGUGUAUAACAGCGCUCCACAACAAUAAUACUCCCAGUAAUGUGUCAGAGUAUAUAACAGAGCCCCACAACAAUAAUACUCCCAGUAAUGUGUCUGAGUGUACAACAGAGCUCCACAGCAAUAAUACUCCCAGUAAUGCAUCUUAAAGGACCACUCUAGGCACCCAGACCACUUCAGCUUAAUGAAGUGGUCUGGGUGCCAGGUCCAGCUAGGGUUAACCCAUUUUUUCAUAAACAUAGCAGUUUUAGAGAAACUGCUAUGUUUAUGAAUGGGUUAAGCCUUCCCCCUAAUCCUCUAGUGGCUGUCUCAUUGACAGCCACUAGAGGCGCUUGCAUGAUUCUCACUGUGAAAAUCACAGUGAGAGCACGCCAGCGUCCAUAGGAAAGCAUUAUGAAUGCUUUCCUAUGUGACCGGCUGAAUGCGCGCGCAGCUCUUGCUGCGCGUGCGCAUUCAGCCCAGGAGGAGGAUCGGAGGAGGAGAGCUCUCCGCCUAGCGCUGGAAAAAGGUAAGUUUAACCCCUUUUCCUCUUUCCAGAGCCCGGCGGGAGGGGGUCCCUGAGGGUGGGGGCACCCUCGGGGCACUAUAGUGCCAGGAAAACGAGUAUGUUUUCCUGGCACUAUAGUGGUCCUUUAAACUACAAUAAACAUGUCUAGAAAUCAGCCUGUGUAAAUAAGAUACAUUGUUCUUGUUCAAAAUUACAGUGUAGUUCCAUAAAUUAUUAGUAAGUCACCUACAAUUUCUCAGAAAUGUCUCAGAACAGCCUUGCCCCUGAAAUUAAAGUGUUAAUUUGAAAUCUUGGGAAUACAGAAUCAAGUCUACACUGUUAAGGUCUAAUGGUUAAUGGUUAAUGGUUUAAAGCUACCGGAAGCCUGACUACCUGUUACAAAAUGCUGUCUUUCAUAGAACAGACAGUGAAUGUCAUGACAGAUAUUACAUCAUCCCUCUUCCUUAACCGGUAUAGGCAGCUAUAGCAGGUAGUGACCAAAGAGUUUAUGGCAGUAUAUUAGCUGAUAACGGGCCCUGAUGGAAAGUCAUAUUUGUCAUUAAAUUAUUAUUUUGUGUUUACAGGGGGAAAGAAAAGGAACCAACAAAUAUUAUCCACCAGACUUUGACCCUGCCAAGGUAAGGCUGUGCAAAAACAUUUGUAUUACUUUGAUCUUAUAUCAGGUUAGCCUUGCUGUUCUAUAGAUUUUUUUUUAUAUUUUUUUUCUUUUUUUGCAAUAGCUAUUGUUACAAAAAUAAUUGAAUAUAAUAAUUAUUUUUAUACCUUUCUUUUUUUUGCAGCAUGGAUCUCUUAAUGGAUAUAGGAACAGUCACCCUUUGCGGGAAAGAGCUAGGAAACUUUCCCAAGGCAUUCUCAUUAUCAGGUGAGAGGGGCUAAGUUCUACCAGCAAUACACUAUACAACAUAAUGCUGCAUUUUUUAAUUUCUGCUUCUGUAAACUGUCUGCAAAUGCUAUUCCCAUCAAUAAUACACUUUGUUGUGAUAAAUUGUGUUGGGCUUUGGCGCAAAUAUGAUUGUUUAGUUUGAAAGUAUUGUAAUUGGAAGAAACCACCAGAUUGAAUUUCUGAUUACAGUUUAAUCUAUAAGAUGCUUCACACAUCACAUACCUAGAGGACUGAAACUUGAUACAACUCAAAUUGACACAAGGCCUGACCUCUUUCAUUGUAUAUUAUCGGUAGGAAGAUUUUUGUGUUGUAAUAAUGUGGAUAACGUCUUUGGUAAGGCAGUGGUUACAAUUUCUAGUUUCUUCCAGGUUUGAGAUGCCCUAUAACAUCUGGUGUGAUGGCUGCAAAAAUCACAUAGGAAUGGGUAUGUCCAUCCUGCUUCAGAAUUGAAUGUUGAACUAAUCACAGAAUUGUUUGGGGGUAUUUGUAUACAUAUUGCAUGGGCUUAUGUGGUAUUGUGGGUGCAGCGAGGACAUUUAUUCUAGUGCUAUUUUGCAUUAUCAUGGUUGUUAAGCUGCAGUUCCUAAUGCUUAUUUUAAUGUGCAAUGUUUAUAUUGUGUCUUGUAAAAAAACAAAUUGAUGUUCUGUCUCUUUGGUGCUUUUCCAUAAAUAAUAAUUUUGUACAUCUUUUUACACACCAUAUAUCACCACAAGGUCUGAUUUUGCCCCUUAUGCUUUUCACUUGCCUUAUUUCUUUUAGGUGUGCGAUAUAACGCAGAGAAGAAAAAAGUGGGGAAUUACUACACAACGCCGAUUUACAGGUACCUGCAUUUAUAUGUUACUUAUUGCACUAUAAGAUAUUGAGUAGCAGUGUAGAGUUUAAAGGAGCAGUCAUAGCAAUUGUUUUAGUGAAAUAAAGCACUAUUAUUCUUUAGAACAAGUUAUUACAGAAACAGUAGUCCCCUGUCUACAGUUCAGCUUUCUCUGAUGUCACCAGUUUAGUUCAGUAGAUAAACCAUGGGAAGAUCUGCGCAUGCUGCGUGUACAAAACGUACACAUACUGCCUCCAGCUGAAAUACACGUUGAUGCAUUUACUGUGUGCAGAGAGUAGGGGAGCUGUCACAUGUAAAAAGUACCCUAUUUCUGAGUCUGUGAUAUUGACUGCAGAGUGGGAGAACGCAUACAGACAAUACUAUGAAACAUAGACAAGAGCACACAUUCAAUAUAUCAGUGAGAGGGAAUUUUACUACUGAGUUGGAGAAACAUUUUUCUAUCCGUCUGAGAGGCUUUCAGCGAACAUCACUGAUCUGAGUUUAUAGUACAUAAUUUACAAAGGAAAAUCACCAUAUAUUCUGCAGAAUUUAAAACGAAUGUGUCCGCUUCUCUUUUCUAUUUAGAUUCAGAAUGAAGUGUCACUUGUGCGUGAAUUACAUUGAAAUGCAGACAGAUCCAGCAAACUGUGAUUAUGUCAUUGUCAGUGGUGCACAAAGGAAGGAGGAACGCUGGGACAUGAGUGAAAAUGAGCAAAUCCUCACAACAGGUGAAAAUCGCACAAGGAAAUACUGUGUACUUUGUAACUCUCUAAUUUAGCUUUUCACAACCCAGAGAGUCAACUAAAUUCCUUAUGAUUAAAGUGACAUUGUAGGCACUAUAACCAUUUCAUCUCUUUGAAUUGGUUAUACUGCCUGGCACUAUCCCUCCAUUCAGUGUUAUCCAUUUUCGAGCAUGAUGGUCCCUGGCCACCCACACCACACACCACACACCAAACUGGAAGUAUGGCUAAGGCAGAGAUUACACCUGCCAUACCAACUCACACCAGCAAUAAGUGGCUGUGAUAGGCUGAAAGCAGCCAGCUUACACUCUCAGCCAAUUAUAGCUGCCCAUUGGUGCCGAGGCUAAUGCUUCCUCAUUAGCCUGAUCUGCACAGAGGGGCUAGGCUGCUGGGGACUCUUGUUUAGCAUUAAAACAGUUUUUAACACUGAAUGGAAGAAUGGCAGAAAGCUACUUCAGACACUAUAAACACUUCAAUGAGAUGAAGUAGUAUCAGUGGCAAUUGUGUUCCUCUAAGUAACCGCUUCGCUAAUGGCUGGCUGAACAUCAUUGUCAGAACUGAAAGUUGAAAAGCUGUGUGGAGACACUCUUACUAACUGACCAUCAUGCUCCGCUCCAUUGACUAUUAUGACUCCCUAGAUGUUUGAGAUCCAUAUUUCCCAUAAUGCUCAGCCGUCAAAGGAAUUGUUGUUCUUAAACAUCUAGUGUGCUAAGCUUAGUCAUCACUGUAAUUUUUUAUUUAAUUUUCACUUUGUAUUUGUUCAUAAACCUACUUUGGGGAUUAUAAACACAGCAAUGAAGCAAAUUGAAGAUUAGUCACAAAAAUAGCCAAACUGUGGCUAUAGCUGAAUUGGAGGAUUUUUCAGCUUCUGUUUUUUAUAUGUUGCAAUUGUGUUUUCAUUUCUCUAAAAUACAAUACUCUACACUUCAAGGGAUAAAGGGUUUGCUUUGUAAGUCAGACAUGUUUACUAAAUAAAAGUCCCUUGUCCUCUGCACAACAUUGAAAUUGAAUCAUAUAAACUACUGAUUUUCGUGAUGAAUUGUGUUACUCAUUCUGAACUCACAGAGCAUGAGCAAAAACAGCGACUGGAAACGGACUCUAUGUUCCGCCUGGAACAUGGAGUUGCAGACAAAGAAAAGCUACAAAAAGCAGCCCCCUCAUUGUUUGAGCUGCAGGAAGCCCAGAGUGCGUGGAAGGACGACUUUGCCAUAAACAGUCUGCUGCGCAGCAAGUUCAGGGUGAGCUGGUCUGCAAACUAUAAAGUCUUACUCCGUUUUAUAUCUGGGCUUUCAACUUUGUUCUUUGUCCUGUCUACAAAUUCCCUCUCUCUAUUAUGUCACCUCAGUUGGCCAUAUGUAACAUAAGAUAAAAAGAAAAGUACAACUGUAAACAUUUUUGUUUGUAUACAUUUUUCUUUUUGUACUGCAUCCCCUGUUAUCCUAAUUCACAUAAUAUUUAAAUGAACACUAAGCACUGUGACUGCUUUAUCGCAUUGAAGUGGUUUUAGUAUCUGGAGUCCCCUGGCGCUGUCUUUCCAUCCAACAUCAAACUGGUUUUAAUACUAAGCAUUAUUACGUAGGGGUUUCAUUCAGUGUCCAAUAGCUUGAAAUGGAGGGACAGCGGCAGGGGACUCCCAGGCACUAUAACCAAUUCAGUUAGAUUGAAUGGUUAUAGUUUAGUGAUGGCGAACCUAUGGCACGCGUGCCCUCAGGUUUGCCAUUAAUGCAGAGUAGGCACCUGCCUGCCCAAAACGGCAGACGCCUACUCUGCUUUCUUGUCAGGAGGACCGGAAAAAGGAGGGAGGGAUCGAGGAAGCAGCUCCCAUGUCCUCCCGCGAGCUGUGUGGAGUGUUGCCGCGCGUUACCAUGGCAACGCUGCACACAGCAUCGCGCGGGAGGACAGGAGAGCUGCAGGACCUGUCAUCCUGUCCUGCAUACUUACCACCAUCAGACCACCAGGGAUGACUGUGUUCCCUCCCUCCCCAUCACCAACGCCAAGAAGAAGGAAAGGGGGGGAUACUAAUUUAAUAUGUUUAAAAAAAAAAAAUUACAAAAUGUAAUGCACCCUUACUCCCCCCACCACACACACAGCACCCCACCCCCACACACACACACACACACACACACACAGCCCCCUACCCCACACACACACAGCACCCCUAUCCCCCCACACACACACACAGCACCCCUAUCCCCCACACACACACACAGCACCCUAUCCCCCCACACACACACACACAGCACCCCUAUCCCCCCCACACACACACACAGCACCCCUCUCCCCCCCCCACACACACAGCACCCCUCAAUGCAGUAUGUGUGCGUGUGUACUCAGCAGACUGUACUCAGCAGUGUGUUUGUGUAUUCAGCAGACUGUGUACUCAGCAGUAUGUGUGUGUGUAUUUAGCGACCUGUGUGUGUAUUAAGCAGUCUGUCUGUGUGUGGGUGUGUGUAUGUAUUAAGCAGUCGGUGUGUGAAUGUGUUCAGCAGUCUGUGUGUAUGUAUUGCAUUUGUUGGAGAUACUAAUAAAUAUAAGCUUAAUUUAUAUCAUUAUUUAAAAUUUGUAUAAUUUAAUGUUGUGUUUUUCUUUUAAAACAAAAGUUGUUAACUGUACGAGUAGUUUUUUCUAAAUGUAAACCUCAGUAUUCAGGUUUGCCAUGUUGGCACUUUGAGGGGAAAAAAGGUUGGCAUGUAUUGCGGUUUGGGCACUCUGGCUCAAAAAGGUUCGCCAUCACUGUUAUAGUUUAACCAUUUACAUUGUUAAUAAUGGCUGAUUCACAGGAGGAAAAGAAACAGAUAAAGGAUGAGGAGGACAGAGACCAAGCAUUGCUCAGGAAAGCAUCUCUGGAUUUGAAGCUGUUACCUGAGACAGAAGACGACAGAAAAUUGGCCUCUUUACUUAAAUAUCGCAGUGUGGAGUGUAAGUAAAUACACCACAAGAAAUGAAAAUAGAGGGAAAUAUGAUGUUUUUAAUUUUUUUGUAGAAGAGAUAAGUAGAUCUUAUUUCACAGCCCUUACCGUUUUUUUACUCCGUUCACAGCCUAUGAAGAGAGACAGAAAAAGAAGAGGUCAGAAAUUGCCAGACGCUCCUGGUUCGCCCAAUCAAUGGACGUCAAGCAACAGACAGCAGGAAGUGCCUUAAAGAAAUUAGGAAUCCGGCCGAAACCUCCAUCAAGUCCACCAACCAGUCCUCUCGCUCUUGUUGUUGUGCGCCGAGGAUCAAAAGGGGAAAAUAAGUGUGAGGCGAAUGGCCCAAAACCAGAAACAAAAAGCAAAAUAGAAGGUGUUGAGAAAGACUGCCAAGAGGAGCAGUGCACGACAGAGUGGAAGGAAAUAGAGACUGUGUAUGAGGCUGAGCAGGAGAACAAGGACCUACCACACACAGAGUGCAAGCCUGUAACAGUCGAGAGUGUUAAUACAGCAUCCACUUCCCAGGAGCAGAUACCCCCUGCAACCACAGCCUCCACGUCUUGUCUUGUGCCUGCCUAUUCCGACUCUAGCUCUGAAACAGAAGAGUAGUAACCUAGAGAAGGACAAUACAAAUAUGGGACAGUGACCUCAAAAGACUGUAUUCUUAAUAAAAGAAAAACAAUGAAGCACUGAUGAGAAAAAUAAUAAACAUUCAUGUACAGUAAAGAAG